UAAAACCAGGAAUCAAAAUCAGAGUCUCUUUCAUUUUUUUCUCUGUUCUGUUUCGUUACUUGCAACAAUAUAUGCAGCUCUGAGAAAAAACUCUGAGCAAAAUCUCUCACAAAAACGCCAUCGAUGGCGUCUUCAAUCCUACUCACAUCAUCCUGCAAAGUGGGAUUUCCAUCAAUCUCCAAACCCAGAUCUUGUUUCUCGAUUAAAUCAUCGUCCCCAUCGAUAAUUAAUCUCAAAUCGAUCUCUAGAUCCAAAUCUCAGAACCGGGUUUCCUUCAGUAGUUCGUUUAAUAAUCAGUUUAUCAAUGGUGGGGUUCUUCCGUUACUGAAAAAAAAGACUCAAAAUUCGACGACUCGAACAAAUCAAUCACUGUCUGUUAAGGCUUCGGCAAGUGAAACUCCUGCUGUUGUUGUUCCAAAAGAACCAUGGCAAGGUGCUUCUUUGAAGCCGUUAUUGGCUUCAAUAGCUACAGGUAUUAUCAUAUGGUUUUUACCUGUACCAACUGGUGUUACUAAGAAUGCUUGGCAAUUGCUGUCUAUAUUUCUUGCUACUAUUGUUGGGAUUAUCACUCAGCCUUUACCACUUGGUGCUGUUGCGUUGAUGGGAUUAGGUGCUUGUGUUCUUACUAAAACAUUAACUUUUGCUGCUGCAUUUUCUGCAUUUGGUGAUCCAAUUCCAUGGUUAAUUGCACUUGCUUUCUUUUUUGCCCGCGGGUUUAUUAAAACUGGACUUGGGAAUCGAAUUGCGUAUCAGUUUGUGAAGCUUUUCGGUAGUUCUUCGUUGGGGUUAGGUUACAGUUUGGUUUUCAGUGAAGCACUUUUAGCACCUGCAAUUCCUUCUGUUUCUGCUAGGGCUGGUGGAAUCUUUCUUCCACUUGUGAAAUCCCUUUGUGUUGCUUGUGGUAGUAAUGUUGGAGAUGGUACAGAACAUAAGUUAGGAUCUUGGUUAAUGCUUACUUGUUUUCAAACAUCUGUGAUUUCGUCGGCGAUGUUUCUAACUGCUAUGGCUGCAAAUCCGUUGAGUGCCACUUUGACUUACAAUGCAAUUCAACAGACGAUUGGGUGGACUACUUGGGCUAAGGCUGCAAUUGUGCCUGGUUUGAUUUCUUUGAUUGUUGUUCCUGCACUGUUGUAUGUCAUUUAUCCACCAUCAGUGAAGAGCAGUCCGGAUGCGCCAAAACUUGCACAGGAGAGGUUGGAGAAGAUGGGUCCCAUGUCCAAGAAUGAGAUCAUCAUGGCCAUCACUCUAGUUCUGACGGUGGGACUUUGGAUUUUUGGGGGCAUGCUAGGUGUGGAUGCAGUCACUUCUGCUAUUCUUGGAUUAUCUAUCCUUCUCAUAACAGGGGUAGUGACGUGGAAGGAGUGCCUAGCUGAAGGAGUUGCCUGGGACACCCUCACGUGGUUUGCAGCUCUUAUUGCAAUGGCCGGUUAUCUUAACAAAUAUGGUCUGAUCGCCUGGUUCAGUGAGACUGUUGUUAAGUUUGUUGGGGGUCUAGGUCUAUCCUGGCAAUUCUCCUUCGGAAUUCUUGUUCUUCUCUACUUCUACUCUCACUACUUCUUUGCUAGUGGUGCUGCUCAUAUUGGUGCAAUGUUUACAGCAUUUCUAUCUGUCUCUAGCGCUCUAGGGACCCCACCACUCUUCGCGGCUAUGGUUCUUGCUUUCCUCUCCAACCUCAUGGGAGGUUUAACUCAUUAUGGAAUUGGUUCCGCCCCUGUUUUCUAUGGUGCAAACUAUGUUCCUCUGGCUAAAUGGUGGGGAUACGGGUUCGUGAUCUCUAUUGUCAAUAUUAUCAUCUGGCUUGGUGUUGGAGGUGUUUGGUGGAAAUUUAUUGGAUUGUGGUAAACACAUCUUUAUAGAGUUUUUCUGUUUGAGCAGUGACAUAGUUACUGAUUUUUUGUCAUAUUUAGAUCAUGUGUAAAAAUGUGUGAUUUAUUAUUCUUUUUUGAGAAUUAUGGAAGCUUCCUUCAUGUCUGCCUAGUAUGGAUUUUGAAAUUUCAAAGAUAUGGUUUCAAUUUUGAAGUUUUUAGCA